CACCCGUCCACGCCCGCCUCCACGUGACCCAAACAGAUCCGGGCACUUCCGCUUCCCCUGGGCUUUCUUCUCGUCAGUGUCGGCUGCGGGUCGGGCGCCGGGUCCCCGCGGAAGCGGCGGUGGCGGCGCCAUGGCGGAGCUGACGGCUCUGGAGAGUCUCAUCGAGAUGGGCUUCCCCAGGGGACGCGCGGAGAAGGCUCUGGCCCUCACAGGGAACCAGGGCAUCGAGGCUGCAAUGGACUGGUUGAUGGAGCACGAAGACGACCCUGAUGUAGACGAGCCGCUCGCGACCCCCCUCGGACAUGUCCUGGGAAGGGAACCCACCUCCUCGGAGCAAGGUGGCCCUGAAGGACCCGGCUCUGCGGCCGGAGAAGGCAAACCCACUUUGAGUGAAGAGGAGAGACAGGAACAGACUAAGAGGAUGUUGGAGCUGGUGGCCCAGAAGCAGCGGGAGCGGGAAGAAAGAGAGGAGCGAGAGGCUUUGGAACGGGAACGGCAGCGCAGGAAACAAGGGCAGGAGUUGUCAGCUGCUAGACAGCGGCUUCAGGAAGAUGAGAUGCGCCGGGCUGCUGAGGAGCGGAGGAGGGAAAAGGCUGAAGAGUUAGCAGCCAGACAGAGAGUCCGAGAAAAGAUUGAAAGAGACAAAGCAGAGAGAGCCAAGAAGUAUGGUGGGAGUGUGGGUUCUCGGCCUUCACCAACAGAGCCAGGUCCUGUUCCCUCCUCUCCCAGCCAGGAGCCUCCCACCAAGCGGGAGUAUGACCAGUGUCGCAUACAGGUCAGGCUGCCAGAUGGGACCUCACUGACGCAGACGUUCCGGGCUCGGGAACAGUUGGCAGCUGUGAGGCUGUAUGUGGAGCUCCACCGUGGGGAAGAGCCUGGGGGAGACCAGGACCCUGUGCAGUUGCUCAGUGGCUUCCCCCGACGGGCCUUCUCAGAGGCUGACAUGGAACGGCCUCUGCAGGAGCUGGGACUUGUGCCUUCUGCUGUCCUCAUUGUGGCCAAGAAAUGUCCCAGCUGAGAGGCCUUUAUCCCACCAUCCCUCUCUGACCUCUUCAUCUUUGAUAAAGCACUGACAUCUCCUUCCUAAUAAAUAGACCCUCUGAGUUCUGUA